GCUCUUUUUUCGAUCUUGCAGCAUGCGCGUCCGUGACGCCGAGACCGGCGAAUGGCUCGAGGUAGACGUCGAGGUCGAGGUCGCGGACGAGGCGCCGCGAAGCCCCGCGCGGUACGCCGCGGCGGGCAUGUACUCACCCCACUCGCUCUCGAGCCCGUCACCGAUCCUCCACGCCGAGACGCAGUCGACGCGGACGCUCGGGGCGCAAGUGGGCUGGGAAGCCAAGAUGGAGGCAAUGCGGGCGCGCUACGCGGCCGCCGAGCGCGAGUCGCGGCGCGGGCUGCUCGAACGCCUCGCCGACCCGAGCUUGUCCCCAUCGUCGCGGAGCGACCUCCAAGUGCAACUGCUGGAGAAAAUGAAGGCGGCGCUACAGACGCACCUCGCCGCCCUCGUCGCCGAAGAGCUGGAACGGGACACGGGGCGCCAGCUCGCGAUGCUCGCCGACGUCUCGCGCCAAGGUCGGGACCGGCUACGGCAGCAACACGCACGCGAGCGCGCGUACUACAAGACGCUCAUCGAGCAGACCAAGGAGGAGGCCAAUCUGCUGCUCACAGCGACCAUGAACGACUUUAACCUCCUGCGUUAAGAUACAAUCUUUGACGAUCAUGCUCC